AUGUCAUUUUCAUUUAAUUGUUUACUUCUAGGCGAAACUUCCUAUGAAAAAAUCUUCCAGGUUACCAUUCCCGAAUAUAUUAUCUCUGAUGAUACUAAAGUCUUCAUUCGUGAAGCACAAGUUAGACAAUUUAAAAUUGAAAUCAAUAUUGAUGAUGAAAACAAGGUUAAAGAUGUUUUUACUGUAAAGAAUAUUAAACGAAGACGUGAAGAACUUAAAGCCAAGUUUAUGAAUCCAGCGGAUAAGCUUAUAAAUGAUUGUUUUUCUGGAGAAUUUGUAGCUUUAUAUGGUGCGUGGGCUUCCAGGAAGUCUAUACGAAUGGAUCAAGCUAUGAUUAAGUUGGAAAGCGAAGGUUAUGUUUGCAUCUGUAUAUCUUUUGAAGGAAUGAAUGUGACAACUACGAACACAUUCUGGUCAGCAGUAGGCACUGAACUAUGUAUUAAGGCUCCACAACACUUUAAAUUAAACGAUGUCAAAUCUGCUGAUGAUUUUAAGCUAAAGUUGCAAAAAGAAUAUUGGAAUGGUAAACAUGUUGUUCUCUUUAUUGACGAGUAUGAUGUAUUACUUGAAGCAAAUGAUGACAUUAAAUUCUCAUUCUUUGGAGUAAUUCAUAAUAUUAAAAAUUCAAAAAGAAACUAUGCAAUCUGGUCUUCUGUAGCCAUCGGACCCCUAAGUAUUUUAUUUCUGAGAUCAGACAAAAUAAAUGUUUCUCCGUUCAACAUUAAGGAGUCAUUUAGGAACCUAAAUUUCACCUUGACACAAGUGGAGUCAUUAUAUAAAGAUUAUGAGAAUGAUGACAAAUUAAUCAUUGUUCCAGAGGUCAUUAAGGAUAUUUAUGAAUGGACGAAUAGGCAUGCUGGUAUUGUCUGCCUUUAUGGCAAGGCUAUCAAAUGUAACUUAGUAAAGAAACUUGACGAAAGAAGAUGUCUUGAUUUCAUUCUCUGGUCAAACUUUGUUGCCAGUUCACAACUGACAGAUCGUAUGAUUAUGUACAGUACAUUUAGAAAUAUAGUUGAUGAUCUCCUUAAGCCUGAUUAUAAGAAAACUAUGGUCUUUCUACGGUCUGUAUUUUUAGGAUCGUUCGAUUUUGUACAAAUUCAUGACAAUGAAAAAAGAAGACUAACAGAUUGCUUAACUACCCAAGGGGUGCUUAUUAGGGAAAAUGUGAACGAGUUUAGUUACAGAAUGUCAUCUAUUUUUGUUGAUGGAUUGAUUCAUGAUAUAAUCAUUGUGACUUCAAACCAAAAAGUUGUUCUUGAGCUUUUAGCAUCAGCAACAAAAAAGGAACUUAACGAACACUUUGAAAGGGUGCUUCAUUAUGCGGAAAUGCUAUCAGCAAGUGACAUAUGGAUAGUAAAUUUUUCAUGUGAAGAUGAUGCAACAAAGAAACCCUAUUGGCUACCCAAUGAUAGAAACUUUGAGAGUGUGAACGUUGCUCAUUUCUUUCACGACCAAAAGUUUGAAAAUGUACGAAUAAGCGCUCAAUAUAUAUCUAGCCCUGGUACUUUUAGUUAUAUUACAGAUCAAGUUAUUCAAUUACAGUAA